AUGGCCAGUGGAGGCUCUGUGCUAGGUGUGAAAUACAACGGCGGCGUCUUACUGGCGUGCGACACGCUCCUCUCGUACGGCUCUCUUGCUAAGUGGCCGAAUAUUCCCCGCAUCAAACCGCUCGGUGCCCACUCCGCCAUUGUCGCUACCGGCGACUACGCGGACUUCCAGGAGACAGUGUCUAUGAUUGAAAGCCACGUGAACCGACAGCAAAUGUACGGCGGGGGUGCACUGACGCCGAGGGAGAUCUUCUGCUACCUCCACCGCAAUGUCUACCACAAACGCAACCAAUUCGAGCCGUGCCUCUGCCAAUUCGUCGUGGUGGGGUGCCGCAACGGCGAGCCGUUUCUUGGCGGCGUCGAUGACGUGGGCACGCAGUGGACUGAUGACUGCGUCGCCACCGGCUACGCCGCCCACAUGGCCCUCCCGCUGCUGCGGCAGGCGCUAGAGAAGCCGGGCGGCCUCUCACGAGAGGAGGCAAUGGCGGUCGUGAAGGACUGCCUCCGCGUGCUUUUCUACCGCGAGUGCAGGGCGAUCAAUAAGUUUCAGAUUGCCGAUGCCACCAACGAUGGCGUGAUGAUUGGCGAGCCGUUCGAGGUGGAGACCAAAUGGGAAUACAAUGAUUACUGCUUCGAAAAGACCGCUAUUAUUCGCUAG